AUGCCGUACUUCAGUGGAUCCUCGGUGUCGACAUGCGAGAUUUUUGCAGGUAUUGCUAAAUCUGGAAUUGACUGCAGUCAGCACGGUGAUAGGCGACAGCGUAAAACGGAGAAUAAGUACGAGGCGUGGCAUCAACCAGCUCUCAUAGGCGGGAGCGCAACGAGCUUCUUUGAGUCGCUGUUGGUGGUGUACAGGGCGAGGGUAGCGUCUGCCCGGCCUUCUCGGAGUUACAAACAGGUGCUGGCACAGGCGCUGCCGCUGGCACAGUGCUCAUGGUACAAGCCACUCAAGCAGAUGAGGGUGGCGCACUCGACAUUGCUCUCCUGGUUGCGUGCGCCUGGGGUAGACACCGCGGCUCCCUCAGGCGCGAAGGGGCGUGAGCAGGGUGUUAACCCGGCAUACGCUUGGAGAGCUACGAUGGAAGCGGGCAUUUGCGUGAACAUUCAGAAUUGCCAGCACAUGGGCAGCAGCGUUGACAAGAAGGACCCUGGCCCGCAAAGCGAGGAUUCUCCCAUCACUCAGUCCCCGAACGAUGACCCAAACAGGAAGAGGGUGUACAAGGGCUUCGGGCAUGAGGAGGAGAAGCCUACUCGCGUCAAUGCUGAUAUGUUAGCUAUUGAGCUGAAGACCGGGGACCUUCGCGACAGGAGAAGGUCGAUAUCAGAACAUUCGUCAUCGAGGAUAUCUUCAUACUCCUCCAAUGUGGCGAGAACGCUCUCGCCAUCUACGGUCGAGCAUCGCCUCGGUCUCUUUGGUCUUAACAAGCUCGAGCAGGCGGAACGGAACCCCUUCCUUCAGUUAACGUUCUUGGGCUUCAUGUGGAACCCCCUCUCGUGGGUCAUGGAGGGUGCUGCGUUGGUCGCUAUCGUUCUCUCCAACGGGAGGGCCAGCCUCCCGGCUGAGAGGACUUCAUCGCUAUCGUCCUGCUGCUUUUCAUCAACUCGGUCAUCGGAUCAAGAAUGGAACGCCGGUACCGCCGUCAAAGCCAUCACGGACUUUGCCCCCAAGGCAAAGGUCAAGCGUGACAGCUCCUGGCCCGAAAUCGAAUCCUCCGGCCUCGUCCCUGAUGAUAUGAUCUCGUUCAAGACUGGUGACAUUGUUCCUGCCGACUGCCGCCUCACUGAGACCAUCAACGUCUCCAUCGGUCAGGCUACCCUUACGGCUGAUACUUCACAGCGGCUCCACGGCAAGCAGAUGGAGCUGAGGGACGACGAUACCACCGAUCACUUGCAAAAGAUUCUCGCUCAGAUCGGUUCUUUCUGCCUGAUCUUCAUCAGUAUCUUCGUCAUUGCUGAAAUCCUCGGCUUCUACGCCGGUUUCCGUUACACCUACCACCGUGGUCUCAACAACAUUGUCGUCCUCUUGAUCGGUGAUAUCGUCAUCGUCAUGCCCACUGUCUUGUCCGUCACCCUCGCCGUCGGCGCUCAGCAGUUCACCAAGCACAAGGCUACCGUCACUCGUAUCAUCGCCAUGAGGAUUUGGCUGCUGACCGUCGACAAAUUGACCAUCUGCACUUACUGCCCCUUCGCCGCUGGCGAUGUCGUCCUCCUCGGUGCCUACGCUUCCCGUACCGAGAACCAGGAUGCCAUCGACGCCUCCGUCGUUCAGGCCCUCGGUGACACCGCGCGCGCGCGUAGCGGCAUCAAGCUCCUCGACUCCAAGCGCUUCAACCCCGGCGACAACCAUAUCGAGAUUACUUACCGUGAGGAGUCUUCCGGCAAGUUCAAGCGCGCCAACAAGGGUAGACCGGUAUCAUCAUCGAGCUCUGCGCGCGCAACGCGACUGACGAGGUUGAGAACAAACUCGAGGCUGACGGCGACGAUCCUGAGGGUGAGGGCAAUGGUUUCGAGCUCAUCGGUCUUCUUGCCAUCUUCGACCUUCCUCGUGAAGACGCAUCACAUGUCUCUCGACGACGUGAUUCUUAACGCCGAUGGUUUCGCCAAGGUCUUCCUCGAGCACAAGUUUGAGGUCGUCAAGCGUCCCCAGGGUCUCGGUCACCUUUGCGCCAUGACUGGUGACGGUGCUAAUGAUGCUCCUGCUCUUUCCCGCGCCAACAUCUAUUUUGCUGUCGGAGGAGCUGUUGACAUCGUCUUGGCUGAGCCCGGUCUCUCCGCCAUUGCCCACGCCAUCCGCGGAUCUCGUAUUGUGUUCCGGCGUAUGCGUAACUACUCAAUCUACGCCUGCGCUGCCACCAUCCGCACUGUCGCCACCCUCGCAUUCACCUUCAAUAUCAUCAUGACCCUCUCCGUUGACCGCGUCCUGUCCUCGUUGACGCCCGACUCUUGGGACCUCGCUGAGAUCUUCGUCUAUGCCGUUGCCUAUGGUCUCCGGCUCACUGCAUCGAUCGUUGCCCUUGCCGCUAUUAUCCCGAAGGGUUCGUUUGUCUACAACAAGUUCGGCGUCACCUUCGAUGGCCCGCUUCCUCCCACCGGCGCCAACGACUACCAGCUGCAAUCCAUAGUCCACCUCCAGGUCGCCGUCCCCUCGCAGGCUCCCAUCUUCGCCACGCGUUCGCGUGGCUUUGUCACGGAGCAUCCCUUGGUCGAGCUCAUGAGUGCUCCUCCGCCCGGAACAUACCAUCCGGGUGAUAACGAUGACGGGUUCCAGCUCAUGAUCCGCGGCGGCGGCAUUGACUUCGCCAAAGUCAUUGCUGGCGGACAGCAGGUGGUGUAUGACCUCAUCCAGGAGCACGUUCCGACGAAGGUGGAGUUCAGGGAACUCGUCUGGUUCGGCGAAUUCAGUCCCAACAUCCGGAUGGCGGACAAGUUUGGCGAAGGGAGGGUGUUCAUCGCUGAGGAUGCUGCGCACCCAACUGGCGGACAAGGCCUCAACUCAAGCGUCCAAGACGCGUUCAACCUCGCCUGGAAACUCGCCCUCGUCGUAAAACGUCUCUCCCCUCCGACCCUCUUCUCUACAUACAAUACCGAGCACAUCCCCAUCAACACCGAGAUGCUCAAUAUCACCACCGCCGUCCUCAAUCUUUCCACGGUCAACAACGACCGUGGGUUUCAACGCCCAGACAGCCUGCGCGUGCGCGGCGUCAACUACCGCUCCUCUUCCAUCGUGUACGACGAGCUGAGCAGGCACACGGUGCUUGUGUUUGUGCCGUGGAUUGAGAAGGCACGGCCGGUGCUUGCUGCUCUCGCGGAGAAGGAGCCGUGGAAGGAUGCUUUCCGUCCUGUCGUCGUUAUUCCCGCCUCGGCGACCGUGUCUGCGAAGCUCGAUGGUGUACUCAUGCUGCGCGAUGCUGAGGGGUUCAUGUACUUCGGUUCCCGCGUGACAGAGGGAGAAACGCGGGCUGUGGUUGUGCGUCCGGAUGGCCAUGUUGGUGCAGUUGUCAGGGGCGUUGAAGGAAUGGAGAGGUAUUAUUUUAAGGACAUCUAG